GUGUGUGUGUGUGUGUGUGUGUUUCUUCACAUUUCUUCUUAUUUUCUCCUUACUUCUCAUAUCUUCCUUCCUUCAUAUAUUUAACUCGAUCUGUGCCCGCUACCCUCUACCCUCCCAGCAAACCGCGUGUAGUGUGGCCGCACCCUUAAUUAAAGAGGGUAUGUGGUAGUUGUAGAGGUGGUAAUUAAGUGGGUGAGUGGUUGUGGUGGUGGUAGUAUCAGUAGUGGCGGGGUUAAUUAGUUAGUUAGUUAGUUAAUCGUAUGCUAUAUAGAGGGUGGUGAUGGUUGUAGUGAUCUUAGGCGUGUGUGUGGUAGUGGUUGUGGUAGUAGUGGAAGUGGUAGUAGGUGGGUGUGGGUGGUUAGUGGUGUGAGGAGUGGAGCAGUAGGCUAAAGAAGGUAGUGAUAGUUAUAUAUUGGUCUCAGUGGGUGGUUGUGGUUGUGGUGGUAGUAUAGUGGUAGUAAGGGUUGUGAGGUAAGGAACAGUGGGUUAAAGAAGGUGGUAUUUAGUGUGGUGGUAGUUAUAGUGGUGGUUGAUGGGUUGUAGGGGUUGUGGUAUGGUAUAAUUAUUAGUGGUAUUAUUUCUCACUUAUCUUCAUAGCCUACCAUCGAAAGCCCAUUUUCUACUAAACAACAACAAAGAAAACGAAUAUUGUAGGGGUGAAUAAUGUAAAAUGAGUCUACGGUCAACCUCAACUAUGCUGCUUCAAACGAAUAAUUCUUAAUAUUAUUGAGCACAGUACAAAAGGGAGAGCCGGGAUGAUAUAAAUAUUAUAAGCUACUAUAUCUGUAAAUCCAACACACACUUAGGGUGGUAUUGUUAGACGCGAAGGCUAGCGUCCUUUCCUGUCGCUCGACCAUGUAGGUAGGCAAAGUUACUUCGUCCCUCGACCGUAUUGAGAGACCAGCCCGCCAGCAGCCCCCGCUGCAUCUGGCUGCAUCUGGGUGUUGGUACGCCUGAUCGGCAUCAGCUGGCCACGCACCGGCCCGAUUUCCCGUUUUUUUCAAAAAUCAUGUUUCAUAUCGGGACUACAUUAAGAGAAAAUUAUAAAUUUAGAGAUAAACAAAACAGAAAAGCUAGAUAUAGCCGUAAUUAAUGGAAGAAGACGAGGUGCAGUGCAUAAACUUUUAUUUCAGCAGUCAUACAUAUAAGAAAUUAUAAGGAAGUACUCUUUUAAAAAUAAUAGCAUUUAAGAUACAAAUUCAAAUUAAACAAUUAUGAAAAAAAGAAAAAUGAAAAAGAUAAUGCAGAGUGCCGAUAUGAAUGCAUAUUCCGCCAUCACAACAACGCGCGCGCACGGAAGCUGAUCGACAAUGGACCGCGCUGCACCACUUUCGUCAAGGCAGAGGAGAGUCCUGGUGCAGCUAGUGGAGGAAAGGCCUGUCCUUCAAGAUAGGUCAACCAGCACUGCGGUCCAGCACAAGAAGAACUUGGCGUGGGAUGAGAUCGCCAAAAACUUCAACGCCAUGCACCCUGAUCUGGAGCCGCGAUCAGUUCAACAAUUGAAAAGAAGUUUCAACCGCAUCAAAUUGAAUGUGAAAAAGGAAGAGAGAGCCUACAAGCUGAAGGUGAAGAGGACUGGUGGUGCCCCUCCUCCAUCACCUCCCAAGUUUACAGAAGAACAUGAGACUGUUGCCUCCAUGAUCUCUGGAGAACUCAACAUGGGCGAGGAUGUCUUUGACACUCUUGCCAUUCAAGAUGGGCAUCCAGUGGAUGAGGCAGGCACUCCCAUCAUGGAUGUUACUUUCACUGUGAGUGGAAAACUGCCACCGACAGAGGUCCCCUCUGCUACUUCUGCCGCUGAAUGUGCUGAAGCACCUGCACCUCCUAGUGCUUCUACAUCUUUCCAGCCAGAAGCUUCAUCCUCUGCAUCCACUGCACCAUCACUAACUACAUUUACAUGUAAUGUGGCCUCCUCUUCUGCUGCCCCACGGCAGAGGAGGAAAUUUGAUGCAGAGUACCAGGCCUGUCGGAAGCAGCAGGAUGAGUAUCACCAACUCCUUCUUCAACAGACCAGAGAGGAGCACGACCAACAGAUGAAACUGUACCAGUUUCACAGGGAGGUGUUGCAGCGGCAGCUAGAUGUCUUCACGGAGACUUGGCAUCAUAUCCGUGAGGCAGCAGACACCUGCAAAGCCAAAUUUUUGGACAGUUUGGGGAAUGCCUGA